AUGUCCACAUCCGACAUUCAAUUCUAUGGACUCGACAAACCAUUCAAAGUUGACAUUCUAGACAAUCAACCACCAAGUACCAAUGUGAACAAGGACUGGAUGUAUCUUGGAAUGUCAUCGUUGGUAACGAUCAAUAAUACACAGAUGUUGCAGUUCAAUGGAUAUGAUAGUAGUUGUCAAUGUGUUGUUCAGUUCAAUGCCACUGAUAACUAUUAUGGUGUACUUGGAUUGAGUAUUUAUUCAACAGAGACUGAUCAAGGACAAUUCUCAACCAAUCUAAUAUCUGGUACACGUCAAAAUGGACUGUUUGGAGCUUCAUUCACUGUGUUUCAAGGUACUUCUCAAUCCAUGCUAUAUCUGUAUGACUAUGCCCUCAAUAUACUUCCAAUCACAUUGCCCAAUCCAUUAUACUGUGGUGCUGGAGACACUACGAAUAUGUCGGCGAUCACCACCGUCACACCAAUCACAUCAUCAUUCAACUAUGACAAUCCAUUCUUGAUUGAAGAGCCUACCCUUGACAUGUUGAUCCGUUACAACAACUUUGAACUAUACCCUCGAGGUCAAUCAUCGGAUGGUCUCCCUUUCAAACCCUUGGUAAGGGACUUUUUCGAUAUCAUGACCCUGGUCAUGCCUAGAUUCAUCAACUAUGGAGGAUCAGAACCAUCGAGAGUGAUACUCGGACGUAUUAUGACCAACAAUCAAUCAGAAGCACUUGAUUUCCGUGUGGCAACCACUCAACAAUAUUCAUUCAAUCGUAUUUCAUCAGUCAAUCCAUCAGAUUCAAACCCAACCAUAUCAUCAAUCACGCUCACACAUCCAUCACCAGGUGGAUAUAACAACUACCAACUCGACGCGUACACUCCUUUGUCAAUACCAUUACUACUCAACUUCACAGUGACAUCACCAGAGGAUGUACUUAUGAUCGUCGUAACAUCAGAUGCCAAUAUAGUAUACAUAGACUCCAACAUCAUGCCCAAGUUGACAUCAGCCACCACCUACUCAUCAUGGAUCCAAUUCCCACUUCCAACGAUGAUACAGUCGAUCUCAACUUCAUACAAACUCUCCUAUUACAGUCGUGGUAACAAACUCUACGGUCCACUCACCAUCACAACCAACCUGAUCGCUACAAACAAUACCGAGGCUCUUCCAACACUUGGAUUCCAAACACCAAGAGUCAAUUCAACAAGUUAUGAGAUGUCCCUUGAGUUUACACUUGGUUAUACCAACACUUUCAUUAGUACGGUACCAUUGAACUUUAGGUAUUCAAAGUUUACAAUUGCAUUCUCUUAUUACUAUCCAUAUUCAAUCAUCAAGGCUACACCAUUAUCGAGAACAUACAAUUCAUUCACAACACUACCAUUCAUGCCAACAACAACCAUCACACCCAAGAUUAUCACAACAAGCUUCAACAUCAACAACCUACCAACAAUCACAAUCCCAGGCAAUGAUUCAAUGUUGAUUGAUACAAUCCCACCGGUAUUAACAACGACCAUCAACACUGCAACCAAGAGAAUGUUGAUCAAUGUCGUCGACGACUUGUCUGGAGUUGGAUCAUGUCAAAUCAUCUUCAAUCAAUUCAACACGACGACGCUCUUACCAAGGGAUGCUCUGCCAUUCACAUCAUUCAACAACAUGACCUUUGACCUCGAUAUAUCCAGCGCCCUUGAUCCACUUGGCUGUACUCAAUUCUUCAUUAUCACGUGCUAUGAUCGAAUUGGCAAUCAGAAACAAUCGAGUGGAUUCUCUUACCAUCAUCCAUACGACCCCAUGCCCUGUCCACCGUACUCUGGUCCAAUCCCCAUCAAGAUGAACUACAAGUACUUGGAUCGAUCAAACAUCAAGUUAGAGCUUCGCUACAUCAAUGUUGACACACCGUACCUGGUCAAUAUAACACUCACAUCCCAGAGUGAUUCACAGGACAUCUUCUCGAUCCCUAUGAAUGUGUCAAGACAGUUGAUCAGCAGUGACAUAUAUGCGGCAGUUGGAUACCUCGCCAUCCCCUCCACACACAAGACAACGACCUACGAAGUGUCGGUCUCACUUCUAAACCCCAACACAAACAACAACUACUCCAUCUCCCAUCAAACCCUGUCAAAUAUGUUGCAACAGAUCUAUGUAGACACACCAUUGUUCAACUCACUCCAGUUGUCAUCGGCAGAAGUAGUGGUGUUCAGUCCAUUCGAUGCGAAUGCUCCACAGGUUGUCAAUGUUCAGGCUAGUGGAAAGACAUUGACGGUGGGCACAUUUGACCCAUCAGGCGUGGCCAGUGUCCAAGUGACUUACUUCUCAUCAUUUGACAUGACACGUAGGACCAUCACGAUGAACAACACAGACGCCACCAAUCAAUCUCCAUCAUUCACAUUCGAUAUCAUACCACAGAGUACCGAUGCCAAGUACCAGAACACUGGCUCCAUGACCUUUUACUACCACCCGAGCAUGGUAUGCGACUUCCAUCACAACUGCCAAAAGUUCUCCUACUUUGACUUUGCCCUGAACACUCCGAUCACAUUCGGUGGCAUCCAAAUGACCUCGACAUUGGCCAUCCCCAGGUUUGACUUUGUGCCCAAGGAACUAUUCCCAUUGAGCAACAAUCAAACAUUCAGGACAUUCAACUUCUCGAUGGAUGUGAGCAGCUCAUCAUUGGCCAUCUCAGACAUUAUCAAUCCAAUUGUAUAUGUUGAGGAUCAGUUACAAUGGGAUCCAACCAAGGCCUCGAUGUCAAUGACCAGACUGCCAAACUCAACCAAUACUUUGGCGACAUAUGUUGCCUCUUUGACAUUGCCCCGUACAAUGGGUUUGGAAGGCAUUCACUUCUCUGUCUAUGGAGUGUCGGAUGUUGGUGGCAACCUUAUUGGCAUGAGCCAGUAUGAGUUGGACCUUCAAUUUCCUGGUAAGAGCAGGUUAUCAAUCAACACAGACUGUGCAUCAGAAUGUCAACACGGUUCAAUAUGUGUGAAUGGCAACUGCCAGUGCCCACCAGGAUACUGGGGUGACUUCUGUCAGUUCAAGGACUGUCCAAACAACUGCAGCAACAUUGGCAAGUGUUUGAGCAGUGGCUACUGCUCAUGCCCAGAGGGCUACGUCUAUGUGGACUGCUCCAAGAAGAUAGAGGUGCUCCCACCACUCAAUGUGGUCACCAACAAUGAUACACCUUGGGUAGUGAUCGAGGCCACAGGAGUCUAUGACAACACAUCAAUCAUACCCAAGGACAAUGGACAGACCUUCAAAUUUGGUAUCAGGGCCACCAAGAUACAAGAGUUGGACUCCGUUGGCAACCUGGUCAAUGAGAUCCAGUUGGAUAAUAUGUCAUACGUGAGGAAUGAAUCCACCAUCCUGAUGUACAAGAUCGCUGAGAAUGGUGCCUUGAUCAAUGUAUCCACAUUGCUUACAGGUCAGAACUACACAGAGGUGCAAUGGUUGAAUGAGUCCAUCAGAUUGAUACCACAGUCAGUCAAGGUCACGCUGUCAGUCCAGAGAUAUCCAUUCAAGGAUCGCGGGAACAUAUUGUUGUUCACAUGGAGCUUCACGACCAACAACACAGGUACCAGCACAGGAUGUAUAGGUGAUGACACCCGUGAACCAUCUCUAUAUCCAAGAAGUGAAGAGUUCUCAUUCAUCGAUAUACCUUAUUAUAGUUAUAGACUCUAUGGUCGAUACCCUACACGAGGCAUUGCCGAUGGACGUACAUUCAACUUGAUCAACAAACAGAUUGGACCAUCAUCGACCACUCAAGGUAGUGGACCAGUGAUCACGGUGGGCAUUUCAGUACCAAGCUUCAACGAUACAUUAUUGCUGGAUCCGGACUUCUCGGUGAUAGUCAGUCUGAUGGACAAGUCUACCAACAACAAGUGUAAGACUGAGGAGGAGAGGAAGUGGGUAAUAAUAGCAAUCAUAGUAUCUGCUGUUGUAGGAGGUGUUGGUGCACUUGCGCUAGCCACCUUAAUAUCUGUCAAGAUCAUUAGACACAAGAUUUGGUUUAGGAAGUGGAGACAAGAUGUUCAUCUAUCCAAGAUGAGGUCAAGAUUAGCCAAAGAACAAUAA